AUGAGCAUAGUUCCAUCCUGUGUUCUAGACUUGGCUGCUAAUCGUGUACAAGGUGCCCGUGAACAGUUAUCGGAUGACAGCGAUGGAUCGCCUUUGCAGUUCAUGAUUCCCACACGCUUCGCCCAGGUUGUCGACGGUAUCUACCGUUCCUCUUUCCCCAACGUGCUUCACAUUGACAUCCAUCAAGCACUGGGUGUAAAGACGAUUUUGAGUCUGGUUAGCACGGAAUAUUCUUGGGCCAAUGUGCACUGGAUGCUGAACCGGGACACCAAAGUCCUUUCAGUGCCGGUGAUCGCAAACAAGGAUCCUCACAUUAAGACGACUGAGCGUGUAGUGAAUAUGAUUCUGUCGAUUCUGAUGCAUGAGAAGAAUCACCCAAUUGUGGUUCACUGCAACGAGGGCAAGCAUCGAACUGGUUGUAUCAUUGGCUGCUUCCGAAAGCUGCAGGGCUGGGACCAUGCCUCUAUCAUAGAGGAGUACCGAGAGUUUGCUGGGGACAAGGCACGUGCUCUUGAUGAAGACUUCAUCCAGGCUUACGAGCCCCGUCGAGGCAUGAAGAAGCAGGCAAGGCGCAAGCAGGUCGCAACCUGGAUUCAAGCUCCUGAACGCCUCACAAGCAACACCCCGGACGAGCGACCUCUACUCCCACAGCAUGACAACGAUACCCUCUUUGCUUUAUCUCCUUAA